AGCUCGUGGUGGCAGCAGCAGGUGCGCCCUCGACAUGCAGAACGACGCCGGCAAGUUCGUGGACCUGUACGUGCCGCGGAAAUGCUCCGCCAGCAACCGCAUCAUCGGCACCAAGGACCACGCGUCCAUCCAGAUGAACGUGGCCGAGCUUGACAAGGUGACUGGCAGGUUCAACGGGCAGUUUAAGACCUACGCUAUCUGCGGGGCCAUUCGCAGGAUGGGCGAGUCUGAUGACUCCAUCCUCUGGCUGGCCAAGGCCGACGGCAUCAUUUCAAAGAACUUCUGACGGGAGAAGACCACGGAUGGAGGACAUUUGUCAUAAAUAAACAGUAAAACCCUCCCCCCGCAAAAAAAGUUUUUCCCUAGCUUUAUGGAGAUAUAAAGGACAUAGAACAUUGUAUAACUUUAAAGUAUACAAUUUGAUGAUUUGACAAACAUACGUAUUAUGAAAAGAUGAACACAAUAAGAUUAAUUAACUAUAUACUUAUUCGCCUCACAUGAUUAUCAGUAAUUCUUUUGUUGUGGUGGUAAUAGUGGUGAUGAGAACCUUUAAGAUCUACUCUCUUAGGGGAUCC